AAUACGUUUACUAUUGCCUCUUUUCAAAAUUCAAAGGCAGUAUUCCUACUGUUCUUAUCUCUAACAUCAUUUAUGAAUUUACUUGUUCGAGUUGCAAGACUCGAUAUAUUGGAGAAACCAAGAGGAAUCUAACACAUAGAAUCAGUGAACAUAAAGGUAUUUCAAAACGUAGACACAAAGUUACCUCACCGCCCCAUUCUCAACAAUAAGAACACAUUCACACACACACACACACACAUGAUCAUCCGUUUUCGGAGAAGGAUUUUAGUAUAUUACAUAAAGCUGACGCACAUAGACACUAAAAUAUUAGAAGUUAUUUACAUUAAAUACCUGAAACCUGAAAAUGUCAUCAUAACAGUUAUAUUGUUACACAGCCCCCACUUAUCACCGACUCCACCAGUCACUUUAGUCACCUCUCACCUUCAGGAUAGACCCAGUUACUAGAUUACCGAGAGGGACAGUGGUCACCAGUUUUCGGAGUGGAGACCUGUCUGUUCUGGUGCGUCCUUUAGCUCGAAGAAAAUUUGUUUAUAGGCGUUGCUGGCGCCUCUUUACAUACCAGACCAGAUAAGAAGGGCGUGAAUAACACAGGCGGAUAACGUUUCAUUUAUAUCCACAAAGUACAGGCACAAAUCCACCAAUAAUCUACGCGGGAAUCACGAAACUAACAGACACAGCUUCCCUCAAGGCGGUUGUGGCGACCACUACCACAUCCGGACACUACUGCCUUUCCCGCGCCUGAGGCCGUUCUCCCUCCCGUGGGAAACCUGAUUCAAGCACUGGGAGCAAUGGCAGACAGACAAACGCGCGUAGUCGCAGCUUGCUGUUACGUCAUCCUGACUGUGACAAGCUUUGCAUCACAUGUCACUGGAAAGACAGUAAUGGUCUCGACUGAGUUGCCUGCGUUGCCUUGCUUUGACACGUCUGCAGAGUGCAGCUGUCCCGGCAUCGAGGAUAUGAUUCUAGUGGACGGAGAACUUCAAGAGGAGGAGAUAGUCUUUUUCUGGAAUGUGAUACCCGAGAAGCCACAGGAACAAAAGUACAACGUCAGCCACAAGGUGCAGGAGCUGGCGUGUCGCGUGGAGGAACACGACAGGGAUUGGCGCCCUUAUCCCUAUGAGAGGAAAACAUUAUUCCUGCGUUAUGGUCCUCACCAGAAUGUGACUGUAAGAGUACAAAUCGGCGUCACAGUAGGACUCAGAAGUAUUUUGACUCCGUCUGAAGCACCUACUGUGAGAGUGUUCCUAUCGUGCUCUCGUGGGAAAUGUGAUGUCACUGGGAAUGACUGCAGGAAUUACAAUGGUGAUAAUUUCCAAAUAAAGUUUUCGAUUGAAACACCGAGUGGAAUCCAAACAUAUUUUGAAAACGUUACUGAAGAUAACACUGCAAGUCUGUACUGGGAUGUCGCCGGUUUGCUUCCUUUUACUACAUACAGAGUGACUGCACUCCCUGUCAACAUCAUAGGCGAAGCCUCUUCUGAAUUCCUCCAGAGCACCACGUUUAAAACACCACCUGAGGCACCCAGCAUGGUGUACAACCUACAGGCGACGGAUGUGUUCCAUGACUCUGUGACAGUGUCCUGGACUCCCCCCCACGACUUUCCACCAAAAGGAAUGCUAGAACACUAUCUGAUGAAGUGGUGGUAUUCGGAAAACAUAGGGAGCAUUAACGCAAUAGUGUUGCAACAGACUAACCACAUUAUUACGGAUUUACUACCAGGAGCAUCUUACGUCAUCCAGGUAAGCGCAAAAAACUAUGGAGUGAGUUCUUACGGAGAAGCCUCCAACAUCACUGUUACGACCAAAACCACCACCACUUCCACUACGACCACCACCACUACUACUGCUACUACUUCUACAACGACCACCACCACUACUACUGCUACAACCUCUACAACGACCACUACCAUCCCCACUACUAACACCACCACCUCCCCCACGACUGACAUCCCCACCACCCCCCCUACUAACGAUCUCACUACCCCUACUACUAACAUCACCACCAUCACCCCCACUACAAACACCAUCACCAUCCCCACUACUAACACCACCACCUCCCCCACGAUUGACAUCCCCACCACCCCCACUACUAACGAUCUCACUACCCCUACUACUAACAUCACCACCACCACCACCCCUACAAACACCAUCACCAUCCCCACUACUAACACCACCACCUCCCCCACGACUGACAUCCCCACCAGCCCUACUACUAACGAUCUCACUACCCCUACUACUAACAUCACCACCACCACCCCCACUACAAACACCAUCACCAUCCCCACUACUAACACCACCACCUCCCCCACGACUGACAUCCCCACCAGCCCUACUACUAACGAUCUCACUACCCCUACUACUAACAUCACCACCACCACCCCCACUACAAACACCAUCACCAUCCCCACUACUAACACCACCACCUCCCCCACGACUGACAUCCCCACCACCCCCACUACUAACGAUCUCACUACCCCUACUACUAACAUCACCACCACCACCCCCACUACAAACACCAUCACCAUCCCCAUUACUAAUAUCACCACCACCCCCACGACUGACAUCCCCACCGCCCCCACUACUAACGAUCUCACUACCCCUACUACUAACAUCACCACCACCACCCCCACUACAAACACCAUCACCAUCCCCAUUACUAAUAUCACCACCACCCCCACGACUGACAUCCCCACCGCCCCCACUACUAACGACCUCACCACCCCUACUACUAACAUCACCACCACCACCCUCACUACAAACACCAUCACCAUCCCCACUACUAACACCACCACCCCGAUGACCACCUCAGCUACCACCGGAAUCCUCACGUCCACCGCUGCCUUUUGGGACGUUGUACCGCCUGUGACAGAUCUAAGCAUCACGACAGAACAGGGCACAAAAACCUUAAACCUAACUUGGAAGUCACCAGAAACUGAUACCAGUGUUUUCUACAUGGUCUCUUUGUAUCUUGAAAAUUCUGUGAUAUUGGAAACGAACACCAGCUCUACAACAGCCAGUUUUGAGGAUCUAGCUGCUGCCACACAGUACCUGGCAAGAGUCAAAGCCUGCUAUACAGAAGAGAAAUGGAAGUGCAGCAACGAUACAGAAAUCACAUCGUGGACGUGGCCAAACCCACCUCAGUUGCAAGGAGCGGCGGAAUUCUUGAACACCACUUCCAAAGGCAUAACUGUCAAGCUGCCCGUGCUGGUGAAUCCCCCAGGAUGGCACUGGGUGCUGGCAAAGAAACACAUAAAGAAGAGAAGCCAAACAUGGAAGGAAAUCAUCAAGCAAAAGGCAGAGGAGAUUGUUCGCCGUAAAGCGAAAAACAUGGAAAAUGUUACAAGCUAUUCCUACAGUGGAGAUCCAUUAGACGAUAAGGAUCUUCGAGUGGUGGCAAGGAUAAAUGAGAGAGAAGAAAAAAGGCAGGAUCAAAUGACAAUAGCUGAAGACUCUCCUGAUGCAAACGUUACACUGACAAGUAACACAAAGUACGUGGUGUUGGUAGUAACAGAGACCAGAGCAGGUAAAUGCGGAGAAUAUCAUGUGAGUGAACCUAUGAUCUUCCAAACUGAACCUGAAGUGGAUCCAGUGUCUGCGAUGGCAAUGAUUGGAGGGAUUUGUAUCGGAGCGGUGCUGCUAGCGACUGGGGCCACCUGGGUAUGGCUGUGGGGCCGCAAACGAAGGCAGGAGCGAUCUUCGAGCCACCUCACUACCACAGUUGCAGAAGACAAAGAACUAAAUUUACAGUCAGUAAAUCUUUCUGGAUUCCAAGGAAGUUCAGCACAAGCCAGUGAACAACACACUGACGAGCAUAUGGAUGACCUUUAUGAGGCUAUUUCUGAUGAACGUGAUGAAGGAUCACCAGACGCCACAGAACAUGAAGGAUCACCAUACGCCGCAGAACAUGAAGGGUCACCAAACGCCACAAAACGCGAAGGGUCACCAAACACCACAGAACCACAUCUCUAUGAACGUUUAUCUCACCAAUACGAAGCUAUCACUAAACUAUGAAUGUGAAGUCAUUUUCCCCAUUGAGCCACACUUCUUAGUCCGAAAGUCUUCAUGAGGAACUUAUUCUUUUUGCUUGGACUGCAGGGCUGAGAAGAGCUUGCAUCCUUUCUGAUGAUUUGAUCAUUGAACAUACAGUGACUUAGUGUAAGGGCACGAAAUAUUAGUCUACAAAAGUCUUUAUCUAUCUAAUGAAAAUUAAUAUACUGAGAUUUAGUCAUAUCACCAUGUCAUGGGGUAACCUGGGGGAGGACAUGUGGCCACUCCCAAAUUCCAUUGUUGUCUACCAAGUGAGAACUAGGUAAUUAUAAAUUAUGCAUCUUGAACCUUCAGGUUAUAGGAUUAGCAUUAGGUUAUCGAAGUUUAUGCAACCAUUUGGUUACGGUAUUGAUUUCAACAAACCACGCACCAUGAUGUAAAGUUCCUAGUCGAAAUCACUCAUUGCCCCGCCUCUUCCCCCCAUUAUCGACAUGCCCAUUCUUGGAUUCAGACACCUAGCAUUUCUUGUUCAUAGCAGGUUAACAUCCCAACCCGCCCCCCGAACCAACUCAUCUCCCCAUCAGUCUUUAUUUCUUUGUUAUAGAUUUAUAUUACCUAAAUCCCAUCUUGACUCACAUUGUGCCAUAAUAAGUGUUGAGUAAUCUUAACUAAUCAAACGCUUCACAUUCCUCGUCGUGGUAACAAGACGUGAUGGAGGAAAUCACCGCCUCCACCACCACAUUCCCAUAUGUUGACAAAACCCUGCCCCUCACAAUUCCCAUUCUUGUGGUUACAAUGAAGAACUGAACAAAGAGAACAAAAAUUAGAGACAGGAAGUCAGUUCAGCCAACUGUGUUUGUUGGCAUGUAUAUAUUUGUCUUAAACAUACGUGGAGCCAUCUUUCCCCCUUCCUCUUCCUCCAUCGUCCACAUUCUACUAAUAUUGCUUUAUAUGAAAUGGUCUUCGCCACCACAUUCAUUUAUUUAUGUUUGUGAUAUUUUUAGUUUUAUUUAGUCUGGAUUAAGGAUAAUAUUGGGUUAGUCAGGAUUAAGGAUAAUAUUAAGUUGGUCUGGAUUAAGGAUAUUAUUAAGUUGGUCUGGAUCAUGGAUAAUGUUAAGUUGAUCUGGAUUAAGGAUAAUAUUAUUUUGGUGUGGAUUAAGGAUAGUACUAAAAUAGCGUGGAUUAAGGAUAUCAUUAAGUUAAUCUGGAUAAAGAAGAGUAUUAAGUUAGUCUGGAUAAAGAACAUUAAAUUUGCUGCGUUAAGGAAUAAUGUAUUAGCUUGGAUUAAGAAUUAAUCUGUGGCGUUAUCUGGAAAGGUUGACAUAAUACUGAGUGUACGUAAGUGAAGGCUCUGAAUACACAGGAGAUUUAAUAUUAAAAGGGUGCGCCCUCCUCUGGCAGCCUAAGAUAGCAAUAGUUCAAGUGAAAUAAAUCUACAAAAAGGAGAAAGAAAUAAUAAAUUGGCUAAUUACCGUAUCCUUGAAUCAGCAAAGAAUUUAUUAUAAAUUUCUUUUUUAAUACAAUUAUAACUUACAUUUUAUGUUUCUCUCACCAACAUUAAUUAAUUAAUUAAUUGUAUCAUUACUCUGGAUUAGUGAAAAAAUCUAAAUUUCUAGAAUACGUCCCGGCACCACAUAUUCAUUUCUGCUCAGUACAAUAAUCUGAGAUUACCAAAUUGGAGAAAAUACACUUUACUGUCAUAAGCUGUCAAAAGGUUGAAUAUUUCCAGAUUUCUCUCUCUCUCUCUCUCUCUCUCUCUCUCUCUCUCUCUCUCUCUCUCUGUGUGUGUGUGUGUGUGGCUUGAAUUUCUGAGUAUCUUACGAGUAAGUGAUAUCUUUUAAAGGACCAUACUACCCACUGGAACUUCCCAUUGAACUUGCUUUUGAGGGUAAGAGUUGAUGGACAGCAUGUGGUGGACUUUCAGCUCCUCACUGAUGACUGAAAAACGGUUAGCUUGUGGUUGGACAACUAUUGCAUCAUCGAAUUCUCCACUCGCACGUGCACUGGCAAAUGGCGUGACUGCCAUUUCCAGUGGUUUAAGUGUCACGUGUUCUUAGUUGUUGCGUAAUUUUCAACACAGGUAUUAGUAAUGUAGACAGAAGUAUGACCUGCGUAUUACACCAGCUAUGUUCCACGAUAGGUAAGAAAUUAAAGGUACCAAGCAAUUACAUGAUUGUUCAUGAAGCACGAUAGUUCCAGGCUCCGAGGCACGACAGUUUCAGAGAAAGGAAUCUUUUUUUUUCCAAGUACACAAAGUGAUUCCUAUUUACAGUCAUUUACAUAAAUCAUAUACUUUUUAUAUUAAUUGUAUAACAUUAGCAUUAUGUAUGAAGAUCCUUAUGGAGUAUUCCAUAUUUCUUAAAAUACUUUGUAUAAGCAAGCCAAUGUUCGACAUGUUUCUAACAAAAAAAUAUUGAGUUACUGAGACAUGGGGAUUGGGGGCCGGUGUAUGUUCAAUCAAAGUCUAUCGAGCAUUCAGGGUCUGCGCAUACCUGAACAGCAUGCCAGAUGUACGAUUUGAUGCCUCAUUUGCGCUCUGCCGCCACGGAGAGAAUCUCCUCGCUCCUCAUUUGAUGAAUUCGGUAGAUAUAUUCGGCUCAUGGUUCCUUGGGACAGUUUGAAUACUCGGAUACAUUAUUUUCGAGUCCAGUACUAUUAUUCUUACAUUUUUUUUUUCUUUGUGAUCAUUGCUUCAGUAAGUCUUCUUUUAUUUUUCAAUGGACCAUACUCAAUAAGUGACAAAUUCUCUUGUAAACAUGUCAAGGCUGGUGUAAUAAGUACAUAUAUAGUAAGAUCGCAGCCCUUAAUAUGAGGAAGAAGGUAAUUAGUAAAAGUAUUUUUUGAAUUACGAGUACAAUAUCCACCUUAUCACUUAGUCGUACGCUUUCUCAAUAUCUAGAAAACCUAUUGCUACAUCUUAACUUUCUCACCCAAAUCAAUGUUCUCUGAAUUUAAACAAUACUUUCCUAUCCACAUUAUCACUCAGUCAUAUGUUUUCAUGUUUACAAGCGAAUUCGUUCCUUAUUAAGUGUGAUCCAAUGGAAACCAAAAGAAGACUUUAUUGAGGCAACAAAAAUCACACACAUAAAAAAAAAAUUUGAAUAAUAGUAUUGAACAUGAAAAUAAUGUAUCUGAGAAUUCAAAUCAUCCCAAGAAACCAUGAGCCAAAUAUAUCAUCUAUCGAAUUCAUCAUCAAAGCAGCAACCCAUUGGUCGCCUCCGGUCAUCACUCACAGCCAAGUCGUGCUCAGACAAAGACGGGCAGGAUGGUGACCAAGGUAAAUACUUCAAUUUUGUAGUAAAAACUGAUUGUCAUAGUGCCAAGUUGAUUGCAUGUAUUGUUAAUGAAUAUUGUAAUAUGUUGAAAGUGUUUAAUAUCAGUGUAUAAUGUUAUUUUGUAAGAAAUUGAGACCGAGAACUUAUUCGCAGUUCUUACGGUCAUGCCUACCUCAUCAAUAAACGUGUCAGGGAGAACUGCCUUUCCCCUUUCC